ACCACCUCAGCAGCAACCCCAACUCACUUGAGACAUCUGCCAUGCCAAGCAAUGCCUCACACUGCCAGGUCAGGAAAGAAAUGGAACCUUUCACCUACUUCUACUAUUUGGUUUUCCUGGUGGGAUUUAUUGGCAGCUGCUUUGCACUCUGGGCAUUCACACAGAGAGGCCAGAAGCAGAAGUCCAUGAGCAUCUACUUAACCAACCUCCUAACCGCCGAUUUCUUCUUGACCCUGGCGCUGCCAGUGAAGAUCGUUGACGACCUAGGAGUGGCAUCCUGGAAACUGAAGAUAUUCCACUGUCAAGUCACAGCCUGCUUCAUCUACCUGAACAUGUACUUAUCCAUCAUGUUCCUGGGGUUUGUGAGCAUGGAUCGUUGCCUUCAGCUCAUGCACAGCUCCAAGAUCUACCGCGUCCAGGAGCCAGGCUUUGCCAAGGUGCUGUCCACAGCCGUGUGGGUGAUGGUGCUCCUGGUAACGGUGCCCAACAUGGCCAUUCCCAUCAGAAGCGUUGAAGAAAGGCCUGGAGCCACCUGCAUCGAUUUCAAGACCAAACUAGGCAGGGACUGGCACGUGUUCAGCAACUUCAUCUGCACGGCAAUAUUCCUGAACUUCUCGGCCAUGAUCCUGAUCUCCAACUGCCUGGCGGUCAGGCAGCUCUACCGGCACAAGUACAGCGACAGCUACGCGCACGCCAGGAAAGCCCUGGUCAGCAUCCUGCUGGUGACCGCAGCCUACCUGCUCUGCUUCGUCCCCUACCACAUCGUCCGCAUCCCCUACACCCUCAGCCAAAGCGACACCAUCACCAGCUGCUCCCUCAAACAGGCUCUCUUCACGGCCAAGGAAGUUACCCUGCUGCUGGCGGUGUCGAACCUCUGCUUCGACCCCAUCCUGUAUUAUCAUCUCUCCAAAUCCUUCAGACUGAAGGUUACGGAGACCUUUGCAGCACCCAAGGAGGCAAAGGUUUCCAGGGACAGAGGUGCAGGACAGGAGGAUACAGCAGACGCAGGAGGCCCGGCUGCCAUCCAUCUGAAGCACCUACAGUAUGAGUAGGCACUGCGCAGCCCCAGGCACACCUGCCGUGGCCAACGACCUCCCUGCUCAACCACAACGAGCAGGAGGAGAGAAAAACCUGACCAAAACCAAUCGCUCUGUUACGGGGUCAGAUCACAGCUCUGAGGGUCUUCAACAACACCUUUCAGUUCCAUGUACCACUGAUGAUCUCCAGGCAGCAGCAAUGCCUGAGCACACAUCCUGUUCAGGCAGGCUCCAACACACCACUGUGGUUAAGGCAGCCAACUCACCUCUCCUCCCUUAAAUGUGGCACACCAACAGCAGCUCUUCGGCUGCAGAGUUUUCCUGGGCACAAUUAACCCCCCCCAAAAAAGCACUUGGGAGGGCAUUGUUUACUCCAGAAAUUGAUUUGAAGCUGCACUAAUUAGAAAUGGUUGUACCUGCUUACACCACUCCUGCAGCUCUUAAUAAACCAGUGUCUUGUUCUU